GCCGGGCAGCUGGGCGGCGCUGUAAAAGCAGAGGCGGGGGUCACAAUAAAGGGUCUGGGGGCAGCUGCUCCGGGAGGGACGGUCUCCGUCUUUGUUCCCCUCCCCUCUCCCCGGUCACGCUCCCCACCUUCGCCCCCUUUCCCUUCACCUGGAGAAGCGGCCCGGACUCAUGGGCUCUUUUCUCGGUCUGUGUCGCUUCUAGGAUGGCGGAGAUACCGCCCGGGCCUAGCAGCCUCCUCCCUCCGCCGCCACCGGCCGCGGCCGAGCCCUGCUGCCCCUUCCCCGCGGGGGCCGCCCCGGUCUGCUGCAGCGAGGACGAAGAGGACGACGAGGAGCACCGAGGAGGAGGAGGAGAAGGCGGCGGCGGCGGCGGCAGGGGCCGGGGCAGGGGCCCGGGCCGGGCCGCCGAGGCGGCUGCCUCCAAGGGGCAUCAGCGUCUCCAUUGCCCGCCGCCGCCGCCGCCGGCGCAGCAGCGGGAGCAGCAGCAGCAGCAGCAGCUCAACGGGCUGAUCAGCCCCGAGCUGAGGCACCUUCGGGCGGCCGCCUCCCUUAAGAGCAAGAUCGUGGGCGCCGCCGACCCGACCUCGGGCCCCGCCACCGACGGGAAUCCGAGGGCGACUGCAACCAAAAGAGCUGGGCAGCCCCCCAGUGAGAGACCCCCUCACGCUGUCCCCAGUAAUGCAAGAACUGCGCCCCCAAACCCAGCGGCACCGGCGGCAGCAGCAGCCGCAGGCGGCCUGGCGUCGGCCCGCAAUGGACUGGCUGGGGGGACUGAGCAAGAGGAGGAGGAAGAUGAAUCGCUGCUGCUGCUCUCCUCGUCCCUGACAGCUGUCUGCAGCUUAACAACCUCCUGUGACAGGGAGGCAGAACCUGAGGAGGAUCGGACGAUACGAUACGUCCGAUACGAAUCCGAGCUACAAAUGCCCGAUAUCAUGAGACUGAUCACCAAAGAUCUGUCUGAACCCUACUCCAUUUAUACCUAUAGAUAUUUUAUCCACAACUGGCCACAGCUAUGCUUCUUGGCCGUGGUAGGGGAGGAGUGUGUAGGUGCCAUCGUUUGCAAGUUGGAUAUGCACAAAAAGAUGUUCCGCAGAGGUUAUAUAGCCAUGUUAGCAGUGGAUUCCAAAUACAGGAGAAAUGGCAUUGGUACUAACUUGGUUAAGAAAGCUAUUUAUGCCAUGGUUGAAGGAGACUGCGAUGAGGUUGUCUUGGAAACCGAAAUAACAAAUAAAUCUGCUUUGAAACUUUAUGAAAAUCUUGGUUUUGUGCGAGAUAAAAGGCUGUUCAGAUACUAUUUAAAUGGAGUUGAUGCACUGCGUCUUAAACUAUGGCUGCGUUAAAAGAAACUCUCACAUGAAGGAACAACUUCCAACAGCGCACAGUCGGCCUUUGCAUGCAAUGCAAUUUGUACAGAAUUGCUUUGCAGGUGGAUUUCAUAAUUUCCAUGCAGCUCUUACCUGUCAGUGUCUCAUUGAGUGUCGCACAUAUUUGUUGCACUAUGGCAUGGCACAUUUGUUCUGAAUUAAAAGAUUGUUUCAAACUUCAAGAGUUCUUUUGGUACCAGCAAGAUGUGCCAGUUGCUAGCCAAGAUUUGUUUGUUCAUUUGCAAGUCUACUGACAACGUUAUAUACACAGUGAACAUUUUAUCACAGAACCUGUAUGUGGAACAUAAUUUUUGUUCCUGAAAAAAGCCAAUUUAGAUUGUAAAAUUCUCUUAAGUAUACUAACAUUUCAUACAAAACUUGCCAUAGUUUUCUGGGGGGAGGAAAAGCUUCAAUUUUAGGUUUUAUUUUUCAAUAUUGAAUUUUCCAUUUUUGAAUAUUGGUACCUCAGUGAUUAGUGAAUGAAAAAAGUGUAUUGUAGGGUGGGGUGUGUGUUACAAUGAGUAACAGUAACAAUUAAAUUGCGUCUCCCAGUGCCUGUAUAAAUAAGUAUAUUUGUCUUCAUCUCUAAUUUUUUAGUGCAUGCUUUCUUUUUAUUUCCUUUUAAAAUGUCUUUGCAAGAAAACUGCUUUUAUUUAAAUUCUGAAUUUGAUAAUAAAUUAUUUCAGAUUUUAUAAUUUGGAUACUUUUCCCAGGCAAGAGACAGAGCUAUUCUUAUACAACAAAAAAAUAGAAAGCUGUUUGGAAAUUUCUUGAGUAGUUGCUAAAAGCGGGGAUGUGGUAAAGGGGUUGGGAACUUGAAGGCUCCAGUAAAUUGCUGGUUUGGAUGCACUUUUUCUUUUUGAUAGGGAUUUUUAGAAAGGAAUAGAAAAUUAAUGUAAAUUGGUAUGAUUUUAUUUAAUCAAAAUUAUUGCUAUGAGCUGUGAAAAACAGCUUCUAUAAAGCAGUUGGAACUUUUUUCAUUUGAUUUGGAUUCAGAUUGCUUUGGUGUUCUAAAAUGCUUUAAUUUUCAGUUCUUGGUCUUGGAAAUAAAUUUCAAGGUGUAUUUUAUCUAUUUCAGCUGCUUUUUUUCCCUCUAAACUAUGUGAGCAAGUUCUGGGGGAGGAUCUAUCUUUUUUCCCUCCUAGAACAAAAAGGGAAAAGAGUAAAAUUCAUCUUUUUUUUUGAAUGAGUUACAUGGGUUUUGUCCAAAAAAAAAAAAAAGAAAAGAAAAAACACGAAUCACAGUGAUUGAUCACCAUGUGAUCCAGCAAUCAUCAUUGGCCACAUCGUGUUUUGCUAACUUGUUAAUUGGCAUGAUAUAACAACUUGUUAAAAUAAAUUGAUUGUUUUUCAAUUUUAGCAAUAAACCAAUAUUGGUUUAUUCCUAUAACUGGAAAACCUAAGUAUCCAUAGAAAGGGAUGCAGUCACUAUGAAGAAUGUUCUAUAGAAAACAUACUUUUUCAGAAUUCAGAUUUGCCUUACUAUACCUAUACUGUUAGGUUUUGGUUUUACUUUUAUUUUUUUUUAAUCGCUAUAAUUACUGUACAUUAAAAAAAAAAACCCUACCUCCAUUAACAUUUGAAAAAGUUCCACUUUCAGGAAAAAAAUUUUUUUAAAGGAAAGUUACUCUUUGCUCAGUAGAAUGUAUUUGAAGUGAACAAGCACUUUUCAAAUAAAAUUUUCAGUUUGUAAGGUGAAAAAAUUUUUUUAAUUCUGCUGGUGGGAUCAUUUGUCUUAGUUUUAAAGAAAUUUUAUUAUUAAAAGUGCCCAAUCCUAUUAGUCUGGUGCCACUUUUAAAGGCUUCAUAGAACAGUAAGUACAACAAAAAAAUAGGAUUGGUGCAGAUGAACCCACGGAGCACUGUGAGAAUGACAGCCUUUAGAAUAGACCAUUUUUUAAAGAUAAGCAGUCAGUUUUCAUUUAGGCCCUGGCAUUUAAUGAUAAGAAUAGUACCGAUCAUAGUGGUACUUUGUAUGUUUUAACUAUGAAGGGAAAUUGAACUGAUACAGCAGACUGAUUGCACAUAAGUCCUUAAACAUUAGUUCACUAGUUUAUUUUAAUUGAUGCUUCAGAGGUGAAUGCUGUUAUAAGCUAAUGAAUACUCAGUGUGAUUAGACCACUGUCAUGCGCAGUUGUAAAGAAGGCAAGAUGUUUGUAUACACAAAUCAGACUAUAAUUUUAACUUGUCAGACCAGUGAAAUAAUGGAUAUAGCCCUUUUUUCUUUCAGAUUGACUAGUUUCACUGAACUGACUGAAUCAGUUGGUUGUUUUGGCAUUAUGUAGACAAAGCCUUAACUACAUGACUGAGUUCAAAAGUCACAUGGUUACACAAUUACUCAACAUAUUCCAUACAUACUUGUUAUGUUUUUUAACUACACACAGAUUAAUUUGCGCAUUGAAAUUAUUGAACUGUAACAACCCACUGUCAAAACCCCAUUCAGUUCAAAUAUUUUAGCAUUUAAAAUGGAUUUUUUUUUUAUAAAUUAGAGUUUUCCCCUAAUUUUACAAUGUUAGGUAUCCAUUAUUUUGAGGUGUUGGACUUUAAUUUGAACAUAAUUAUAGUACCUUUGAGUUUGUAUUUAUAAAUGACAUUGAAAAUCACAUAGUUAAAACUGAGCAAAAUGGGUACAACUUUCUUUUAAAACAAUGCUGCCUAUUACAGAUUGACAAUUUGACAGUUUCCACAGCCUAACAUGGUUUUGUUACAGGCUAAAAGAAACUGUACAUGUUAGCAUUAAAGAAGCUAUAAUGGGUAUGUACUCUCGUGGUUGAUGUGUGAUCUAAUUGUAAUUCUCCUUGCAUUAAGAUCAGAAUACUCAUAAGGCCCCAGUUCAGAAAAUAUUGCAAUAGUAUUUCAGGUUAAAACUAGCAACAACAAAUUAUUAAUUUCCUUUUUUGGAUUUGAUUUUAAGGAUUUCCCUCUUUUUUUUCUCCCCAACCAUCUCCCCAUUUGCUUGACAGGUAUACAUACACAAGAGUUUGUCUUUCUCACUUGGGUUUUAACUUUACCUCUCACUGUAUGCUGGCAUUGGUUGAUAUGUAUAAGUCUGGAUAUGUGUAUUACAGUGCCCCCAAAUCAUGAAAUUCCUCAUUUUCCAGGAGUGGAGACAUAAUCUAAUUGGCAUUGUGCAUCAAAAUUAUUUUUCAUUGUACCAUGACAUCACUAAAAUUGAGUGCUAUAAUGUUACAGGGCUGUCAGGUUUGUAAAAACAAACAUAAAUUAUAUUGGAGUUGGAUAUGAGUUGGGUAUCUAUAAAAUAUCACGUGUAUUUCAAAAUUAUUGAACUGCUGUUUGAUAAUGCUGCAUUAUUUUCUUCUGUUCCUUAUCCUUUGGAGAAAGGGAUUAUAAUGGAGUUUGAAAUGUGCAAGCUGUCUAAACAAGAUGCAGUCAAAUAAAACAUGGUUAAGUUGUGUUUGCAUUUUUCUUUUAAAUGCAGAUGUGUUCUUUUUUUGUGACCUGGAAAUUUGUUUUUUUUUUGCCAGGUAGGAGAAUACUCUGACCCCUCCCCACUUCUUCUCUUUCUUAAAUGAAUCGAAGACUUGCUUAGGGGAGAAAAAAAAAAAAGGAAUCAUUAACUUUCUACUUAGAGUAGUUUUACUUAAGUUGGAUAAUCAUUUUGAAUAUUAAUUACAUGAGCUUUAUUUUCAAAAGAAGUACACAGAAAAUGAGCCAUCUACAUUGAAUAUUAAUAGGUUGUGCAGGGUGCUUUUGUUGUACAUUUAACACUCAAUUAUUUCUGUUAGAAAUAUUUUUGAUUAUUUUUUCUGUUGAAUUUGUUGCUAAGGUGCUUAUAUUUUUGUUUACAUAGUAAUCAGUAGACUUAAGUGACUUGUCAGUUGAGGCUUCAAGAUAAUAAAAAAGGCAGACACUCUGUGCCUUAGAAAGCACAUUGUAAUUUUUAAGGACUUUAAAAUAUUAGUGUUAAAGUGGGAAUUGUCAGUAUUAAUCGCCAGUGGGAGUGCUGAGUAACUCUUCACCCUUGUGUAUGAAAAACCCUCUUGUCAUAUUAUUCCUGUUCAGUAAUCAUAUGAAGGUAUGUAAAUUUUAUUUACUGAGGUUUCAGUGAUACUUGAUUUUUCAUACAUCCAAUUAAUGUUUAGUAUCAAAAUAAAUUGAUGGAAUGUAAUCUUUUGCAGUUACAGGCAAAAACCAAUGUAAAAUGGUAACCCAAAGAUGUAGUGAUCUUUCAAAAAAAUCUUUGUUUUUAAAAAAAUCCUUAAGAGCGGUGUUUUAAUGAAAUCUUGUUAUCUUAACAGAACUUAGUAGUAUCACUUCAAUUGCUGCAAAUCCUGUCACUUUGAACAAUGACUUGAGAAAAGUAUUUGAGAAUAGGUUAUUAGAGCCCAAACCUCUUAGCAGUCAUUAUUUGUAAAUUUUAAGUUGAAAAAACUGCCAUUGUUGAGAGGAAAAAUGUGCAAUGAUUCCUCAUUUACCUUACUAAUGUGUUUAACAUAGAACUCUUUUCUGUCCCUGACAUUAAGGGUUUUGUGAUUCAACUACUCAGAGGCAAGACUUUAGUUCUGGUUAUGUUGAAGUUAUCUGUGCUUUUCAGAAAAGAAAGAAACCAAACAAAAACCAGCCUUAAGUGCCUACGUUUUACUUCCUGAAAUAUUUUUUAUGAAAUAUUUUCCUUUUAAAUCUAUAAAUACCCACAUAUUUAAUCUUAGAAAUUUUACAUUUUAGAUAAAAUUUUAAAUACUUUAAACUUUGUCAUUUUUGUAGAGAUGGUCAAUCCGUAUUAUAAAGCGUAUUUUGUACCAUGUGAUAGUGAAUUGUAUGCUGUGCUCACAUUGUUGGAAAAUAGAAUUUCCAAAUUACAGGUCUGUGGCUAACUAAAACUCAUUUGGUUCAGCACAGCUAGUUCUUGAGGGCAGUGUUGUCCUGGCAUGGCAGUAGAACAUACCUGGACUUGAGUUGGUCACCUUAAAUACCUGUGCAUUAAGUCAUAAGGGCACAAAGUCAAAGAAUGGGUGGAUAGCUUAGAACCACUAAUAACUGGUCUUGGAAAAAAACAAAGCACAAGUCCUUUUAAUUUUGAAUCAGUUUAAUCUUUGUGUAUAAAAGGCAGGACAUAUUUUGCAUUUUUAAAAAGCCUCUGCUAGAAAUAUAAAGCACUGAAAUGUGUUAGCUAUUCUUUUAAAAAGUUUUGUUGUUGUCUUUUCUUUGUAUUUCAGUCAUUUCUAGAAAUCUAUUUCUUUCCCCCCUAUCCGUAAUCCCCCAGAAUUGAAACCUGGCUUAUUAUUAAAAAAAAAAAAAA